AUGUCUUUGCUAACUUAUAAAUAUUACGAUACGCCGGAAGGUCAGGAUAUAUUCAAAAAAACCUUCGUGACGACAAAAUAUGCAAUCCUAGCAAGUUUACCUGUAGCUACUUUUGAUGUGCUCCUCUAUUCCCACCCCAAGGGAAUCUUCCAGACUGUUAUGCGGUAUGGAUUUUAUCUUGGACCAGCGAUUAGCAUGGCAACAGCUUUUACUUUAACUACCAAUAUUGCUCAGAAUGUAAGAGGUAAAAAUGAUGAGUUCAACUACUUCUUGGGUGGAGCAGCUGCUGGAGCAGUAUUUGCUUCUCUGCGUAGACAGCCAGUUAUUGCUGUACCUGCAGCUAUUGUUCUAGGAGCCUGCGGUAUAGUGAAGAAAAUUGGUAUAGACAAUGACUUCACCUUCUUCCCUAAGCUGCAUUCAGGGAAAGAAUCUAUAAACUCAGUAAGGAGAGAUUGGACCUUUGUUAAAGAUAUAGAUGAAUUAAAGAAUUGGGAAAAAGGUAAUUAA